GCAAGGCACGUCGGGCUGGACUCCGGGCAGAGGCACGUCGGGCUGGACUCCGGGCAGAGGCACGUCGGGCAGGACUCCGGGCAGAGGCACGUCGGGCUGGACUCCGGGCAGAGGCACGUCGGGCAGGACUCCGGGCAGAGGCACGUCGGGCUGGACUCCGGGCAGAGGCACGUCGGGCUGGACUCCGGGCAGAGGCACGUCGGGCUGGACUCCGGGCAGAGGCACGUCGGGCUGGGCACUCCCGGGCAGAGGCACAUCGGGCUGGACUCCGGGGCAGAGGCACAUCGGGGCUGGACUCCGGGCAGAGGCACAUCGGGCUGGACUCCGGGCAGAGGCACAUCGGGCUGGACUCCGGGCAGAGGCACAUCGGGCUGGACUCCGGGCAGAGGCACAUCGGGCUGGGACUCCGGGCAGAGGCACAUCGGGCUUCCGGCGAAGAGCACAUCGGGCCACCAGGCGGGCAGAGGCACCGGGCUGGACCCCGGGCAGCAGGCACCAGGCACGACAGUGGGCUCCGAAUCAACUGGCAUGACCGCUGGCACUGGGUCAGACAUUGGAUCGUCUGACUGGACAGCAGGCAUCGGGUCACCAGGCAUCAGGUCAUUUGGCUCGACAGCGGGCACCGUGUCAUCUGGCAAGGCAGUGGGCUCCGAGUCAACUGGC